AUGGAUCGGCAUCAGCAGUACGGAACGCGCAUCAAGUCAGAAGAUGACGAGCUCGGUAUAUGGGUGCCCAUGAAGCAAGAGCCAGCAGAAAGCGUACCUGCCGUUGUUCCCAAACUCGAGCCGACUGACAAGGAAAUGCUGGCUUCGUUGAAGAAACAAAGGAAGAAAGUAAGGAAGGAACAAAAGAGUGAACAGGCUUCCAAGAAACUGUCGGUCGAUCUCAAGAAGCAAAACGCCCGCCUCCGCAAAGAACUCGCAGACAGCCUCUCAACGAGACCUCAUGGCGCGCAAAGCCAUCGCAUAUUCGACCUCGAAGAGAAAUUCUUCCGAGCCUGUAAAGAGCGCGAUGAGGCUGUCGCACAGAGAAAGCGACAGGAAAAACUCUCGACCAGAACCACAAGCGACAUUAAGAUACAAAACUCUCGACUCCGUCAAGAUCUCUCCAGUGCUCAGAAGAAGAUAGUGGACUUUACAGCGGGCGAGCGAGCAAGCUACCCGGACAAUCGGGACUCGCCGCCUCAUCAGGAACCCGAGCCCACUGUCAUCACCAAGGGAGCGAGUACUAUAACAGCAUUGAGAGCAGAGAUAUCGGAGCUGGAGAAGCAAUUGAAGGAUGCGCUCCGCAAGGGCGAGAACGCCGAGAGAGAUGCUCGCGCGUUCAAGAAGAACAACGUCGACGCCGAAGCUCUGGACAAACAACUUUCAGUGGAGAGGGCCAAGAACAGAGCACUUGUGAGCAAGCUGCAGAAAGCGCUCAGAAAGGAGCAGGACAAGAGUGAAGAAGCGCACAGUGGCUCACACCAAGUCAAUGACAUGGAGAUUGGCAUGACAGGCUGGCCAGGAAGUCGUGGUCUACCGAAUAGGCAGCGAGUCAAGCUUGAAGAUGAUGAUAUGGAGUUGGAGGACGGAGAGUAG